UUCCCUUGCAAACAAACCAGAGCUCCGAGCCCCCAUCCUUGCACGGGGACGGAAAGGAAAGCCCUCAGCAUCUCCCCACAGCACCAAGGGCAAGGAUUUUUCUUUCACCGCAUUGCCUUUGAAAGCUGCCUGCCAAGAUGUGAAGCCUACACAUACCCAGGGGCACCCCGAGGCAUUUUCCUGCUGGAAAGAGGUGGGAGCUCCAGCAGAGCCCGCUCAGCUCUGACACAAGCCCAGGGCUCGCUGCAGGGCUCUGGGAGCUCCCUGCCAUCAGGAUCCCCAUCCCCAUGGCCGGGGAGUCCCGCAUUCCUGCCAGCCUGCAGCGCUGGCGGCUCCGAGCUGAGGACAAGGAGCUGGAUUUCGAGUUCGAGGUGCUGAGCGCCCAGUUCAACCGGCGCGGCCGCUACGCCCUGCGGCUCACCGUGGAGAACCCACUGCUGCAGGACAGUGGGGCCAGUGUCCGACUCCGCAUUGGGGACAGGGACAGCGUGCCCACCAGUACCGGCACCACCGACACCGUGCUGCAGGGUCACCUGGGGGAGAUCUGCGCCUUCCAGAGGAGGAAGUUCACCUUCACCCUGCCCAGAGGUUUCUGCAAGAACGACAAGAAUCACGACGUGCGGCUCCGCAUCGAAGCCUUGCACUGCCCUGGGACCCCGCUGAGGAGGAGGAGGGUGGGCGAAGCCUUCUUCGCCAUCUACCCCCGGCCUGACCAGCCGCGGGUGAAGCUCUUGGCAGGGCGGGAUGAGGACUGGUACCGCUACAGCGCGGUGCUGGCCCUGCUGCGGGUAGGCAGCGAGCAGCCUGCUAUGCACUGCGGCCACCUGGCCUUCACCGCUGCCCUGCAUGAGCACCGGCCGCCUGCCGUGCUGUCCCCAGCUCUGUCACCCCAUGCCCAGGAGAGGGGAUGCCGAGCAGCAGGCACAGCUCCAUCGCCUGCAUCCCCAGCUGGGCCAUCUCCUGAUGUCCCCUUGCACUCACCUGAGUCUGCCUACCACUCGCUGCCCACUGAGGUGCCGCAGGCUGACCCUGUGCUCAGCUCCUCCCAGGAGCUGCAGGGUGACUCCGUGGCCAAGCAGCCUUCCUCCUCCUCCUCCUCCUCCUCCUUUUCCUUUGGGCCACCAGUGAGCUUCCACCUCUCCUCGCCAGGAUCCAGCCCAGACCCAAGCCCCUGGGCAGUACAGCUCCGCCGGGAUACCGUGGCCCUGCCGCCUGCUGACGCCGUGUUCAGCAUCCUGCCCAGGACGCAGCAGAGGUCCCAGGAUGUCCUCCAGGAGCGGGAGGUGAGCAGGUACCGCCUGGCCCUGAGACGUAUGGCUGGUGACCUUGUGUCCCUGCAGCAGCGCGUCACCAGCCUGGAGGUGGAGAAUGGACACCUGCGGCACAGCCUGGCUGGGCGACAGGAGCCGGGCCGUGCUCUGCUCGCUGAUGGGGACGUCGAUGUCAUGACCAGGGAAGAGGUCCUGGACCGGCUGGCCACCCUGAAGGGAGAACUGGUGUCCAGCACAGCGGAGAUGCGGCAGCUGAGGGACCGUGUGCAGCGGCUGCAGAAUGAGCUGAUCCGGAAGAACGACCAGGAGAAGGAGCUGGUGCUGCUUCAGCGAGUCCACCGGCAGCAGCAAGCUGCCCUGCGACGGUGCCGGCAGGAGGCAGCCAGGACAAAGGGCCUGGAGGAGAUGGUGAGGCAGCAGGAGAAGGUGAUCAGGGUGAUGGAGCGGAUGCUGCAGGAGAGGCUCUCCAGGAAUGCUGAGAAACCAGUGGGAGAAGCCCCAGCUGGGGAGCUGCACGCCCUGCUGCUGGCUGAGAACCGCCGGCUGCGGGAGGAGCUGGCGAGGCCCCCGCGCCCCCCAUCGCCCCCCAGAACACCGCGGCCCCCGCAGGACACCUUCAGUGGCACAGAGAAGCUGUCCCUGCUGGCCAAGCUAGAGGAGGCACAAGCCCGUGGGCGAGCGAUGGAGAGGCAGCUGGAGGAGGCAGCAAGGAGAUGGGCACGAGAGAAGCAGGAGCUGGGCACUAGGCUGCUGGAGCAGGACCAUGGCUUUGGGGGCUCAGCCCCACGCUUUCUGCGUGCCACCACCUUGAAAUGGGCCCCGGACCCCACCUUCCCCCCCAGGAGACCCCGGACCCUGGACCCACUUCCCUAGGGGGUCUUCCUGGGGCAGGAUGCCAGAGACACCCAGAGACACCCAGAAAUUCAUGCUCGCAACAAGGAUCCGCUGCUUUUGGUGCAGAAAUUACAGAGCAAAUCAAAGGCGAAGCAAAAUGGGAAGGGGACAGCCAUCUCCCCCAUCGCGUAAGCAGGGCUGGAGCCAAGGCUGAAUGUACUGAGCUGAUGGAGGUGUCCCCAAGCUGGGAUGGGCUGGGGACACCCGGUGUCACUCCUGGCUCAGGAGGGGCCGGAGCGUCAGGUAGAUGGGUUUGUCAGGGACGAGGAUGAGGUCGAACUUGGUCCCAACUUCCACGGCCCGCUUGGUUUCAAUCUUGAAGUUCUCCAGAAUCUGGGUUGGGAGGAAGGAAGAGCAAGAGGGGGACGGUGGGGAUGGAGAUGCCCAGAGCAUCCUCCCCAAGUCCCUUCCAGCAUGAAAGUAAGGGACACGGAUGUGGCAUUUAGGGCCACGAAUGUGGCAUUUAGAGACAUGGCUGUGGCACUAAGGGUUGUGACUGGGGCACUAAGGAAGACGGCUGUGGCAAUUAGGGAUGCAGUUUAGUGAUGGGAAAGUCAAGUUAAUGGUUGGGCUUGGUGAUCUUGGGGAAUCUUGGUGAUCUUGAAGGUCUUCUCCUACCCAGAUGGAAAGUCUUUUCUAACCCAUGAAUUCCAUGACCCGCCCCACUCCAAAACCCAGUGCUCACGUGCAUGAGGAAGAGCUGCAUCUCCAGCUCGGCGAUGCGGCGACCCAGGCACUGCCGUGGCCCAAAUCCGAAGCUCAGCCCCUUGAAGUUCUUGGAGCUCGUCACCAGCCAGCGCUCAGGGUUGAACUGCUCCGGCUUGGGGAAGACCUCGGGGUCUCGGCCCAUGGCGUACAGUCCAACCUGUACCAGUGUCUGGGGGAGAAGGAUCAACCCUAGGGUUUUGAGCCCACAUCCACCCCACCGUCACCCACCACUGCCCCACAUCUGGCUGCCAGCUCUGCUCAAAGCCCAGCGCAAAGCAGAAGGGGAUGAGGAAAGGCCCGGUUUCCCGUCUCACCCCAUAGCCCAUGGUUCACCUUGGGGGGGAUGCGGUAGUCCUGCAGGAUGACCUCCUGUGUGGUGUACCUCUGCAGCGUCACCGCCACCGGGUGCAGCCUGCGGGUCGGAUGGGGUCACCUGGUUGUGGGACACCUGCCUCCCACUGUCACGUGGGAUGCCCAUCCCACCGGCUUCCCGUGCUGACACAGAAAAUCGGGGAGAAGGAGGAGCUGGGUGCUUUCCCAUUCCCCGCUGCCUCCUGCCUACCUGAGCGUCUCCUUGAUGGUGGCUUUGAGCAGUCGGAUGCUCUUCAGCAUCUUCACCCUGUCCCCCUGUGCCUCCCGCUUGGCCGCCAGCACCUCCGCCCGCAGCCGCUCCUGGAUGCCUGGGGACCGCGCCAGCUCCAGCAUGGCCCACUGCAGCGUCAUGGAGGUCUGCAGCAGGGCAGAGCUGGGCUCAGCACCACGCACCGUCCCAUUCUCACCGCCCACACCCUGCCCACUGCUGACCGUGUCCACCCCGCCUGCCAUCAUCUCGGUGACGCUGGCCUUGAUGUCAUCCAGGGGCAGCUUGUCCUGCAUGAGGAGGCUGAAGAGGAUGCCCGCGUGCUCCUCGGUGUUCUUGCGCUGCAGCCGGAUGUCCCGGUAAACAUUUUGGAUGCAUUUGUCAGCUGAGGAGGUAUAGGGGCAUGGUGCUGAGUGCCUGCAUGCUGCCUGAGAUGGCAGGGCUUUCGGGCUGGAGUGGUUCCAUGGAGUCACAGAAUCAUAGAAUCAUCUGGGUUGGAAAGGGCUUUCCAUACAGGUUGGCGAAGAUCUUUAAGAUCACCAACUAUUCCCUGAGAUCCCCAAGUCCCAUCGUUAAUCUGAUCUGCCAAGUCUUAGUGCCACCGUGAGGGUGACAAAUGAACGGCAGCUUAGCGCAUUGCUGCCACAUGUUGGUGGCUUUUCCAGUAGAGUUGCCCAUACUUUAGACUGGGACUGAAAACUGUCUGGGUGGACAGGGCAGGUGGGGCGCAGCUGUCCCCCAAACCAGCUGUCCCCCAUCCCUGUCCCCCCGAAGGUGGGUUGUCCCAGGUGCCACCACCUCCCUGACCCUGCUGCUCCUCUUGAUGUGAUGGUCACUGUGGUUCACGCUCCUGCAUGGCUCCCCACCACUCCACCCUACAAGCUCCAGAUGGCCUAUCCAAAGCCAUCCUAGCUUUUGUAGCCCUACAGUGGCCUCGCCGACCCCGAGAUGGGCAGCUGGACCCGGGAUAAGGUUUCAGUGCUGGUGAGAUGAGGAUGAGCUCUUAGGGCUCCCAUUCCCAGCGGACAACCCAUGAGGAACAUGGGGGAAGAGCACUCACCCUGUGUGAAGAUGGCAUCCCAGGCGUGCACGUGGUCGCGCCACGUCUUGGCGUUGAGGUGGCGGAGCAGGGCGGGCGGCACAUAGAGCAUGGGCGAGGUGGUGUGGAACAUGAGGGUGACGGCAUCGAUGAACCGCUGUGCCUCUGGGUCCACAAAGUCCUGCAGCAGCCCCAGGCGCUCCCCGUACAGCACGUGGCACACAGCUGCAACAUGGCACCCAUCAGGGGACCCAGCCUACGGGAUCCCCACUGUGUUGGCCCUCUGCUAUGGCCAGCUCCAGGGCUCGUGGGGGAUUUUGGAAUCAUGGUCGAGUAGGGUUGGCCAUAAAAUGCUGCUCUAUCAUCAGA